AUGAGUCCAGCGCCAGAGCUUCCAGCCAGCAGCAGCUGCCUGGCCAAUGGGUCAUCAGACACUGGCAAGGGGCCGAGAAAACUACGCAAGGCCUUGAGGCUCUUCCGGAGGGGCGCAGCGAAGGUCUCUGCUCACUCGCCAUGCUCUCAAGAGGCGGCGUCAACGUCCGGCCGCGCGCCGGCGGCGGAGGGCCGCAACUGGAUAGUGGACGCUCUGCGGAGGAAUGUUGAGACGCACCCGCACUGGCCGGUGUACCGCUAUUUGGACGCGCAGGGCAAUGUGGCCGACAUGAUCACCUGCUACGGGGCAUAUCACACGGCCCAGUCUGUCGCGGCGUACCUGCUCGGCCCCUGCGGCCUGCGCCCCGGCGACCGAGUCGUGCUGGUGUACCCACCCGGGCUCGAGUUUGUGAAGGCGAUGUGGGGCUGCCUGUUUGCGCGCAUCGUGGCGGUGCCGGUGUGCCCGCCCGACCCGACGCGGCUGCAGCACACGCUGCCACACUUCUGCCGCAUCGUCGACGACUGCGGCGCUGUCGCCAUCCUCACAGACCGCACCUUCCACAUGGUGAAGCAGGCCACGAAGAUGACGGGGAUGCUCAAGUCGAUGAUGGGCAAGCAGCCGCAGUGGCCCAGCCUCCCCUGGCACGUGACCGAUGCAGCUGCAAUGCUGCCUGCAGACCACGGCAAGUAUGCCCAGGGGGAGCACACCAGGCUGGACGUGCGGCGGACAGAGAGCUUCAUGCCGACAGAGCCGCCGGAGGACCCUGACAACGUGGCAUACCUGCAGUACACAUCAGGAUCGACUGGGGAGCCCAAGGGGGUCAUGAUCACCCACGGCAACCUCUUUCAGCACAACGAGGCUGGCUGGGGGGUGUUCUUCAAGGCCGAGGAGGGCGAGGUGGCUGCGCGCAACGGGGUGAGCGGAACGCACAUGCUGCUGUGGCUGCCGCACUUCCACGACUUCUGCCUCACGGUCGGCGUUCUCGGCUGCGGCAUGAAGGGCUACCCGCUCGUGCUCAUGUCCCCGCUGCACUUCAUCGCCAAGCCCACGCGCUGGCUGGACUUCAUGGCCCGCCACAAGACCAGCCACACCGUCGGGCCGGACUUUGCUUUCGGCCUGCUUUCCAGGAAGUCGACGCCGCAGCAGCGGCGGCAGUGGGAUCUGAGCAAUCUCCAGUUUGUGAUGAGCGGCGCGGAGCCGAUCCGCGCUGAGACCAUGGCGGCAUUCUUCACCGCCUUUGCCCCCUGCGGCCUGAAGCCUUCUGUCUUCUGCUCCGCCUACGGCCUCGCCGAGCACGUCUGCGGCGCGACCACGUGGGGCACAAAUCAGCUCACGGUGGAUCGCCGCAGCCUGGAGGCGGCCGGGCGCGUGCGGCCGGCGCAGGCCGCGGCCGAUGCGCGUGUGCUGUUCUCCUGUGGAGUUCCCAUGUCCGGCGUGGACUUACGCGUCAUCCACCCCGACACUCGCGCCCCUUGCGAUGACGGCUGCGUCGGCGAGGUCUGGCUUUCGUCGCCGUGCGUCACCGCCGGCUACUUCAACAAGCCUGACCUCAACGCGCAGGUCUUCCAGGCGCGGAUGGCGGGAGAAGAGGGGGUGAAUGGCGGCAGAGUGUAUCUGCGGACGGGGGACAUGGGCUUCGUGUGGCGGGGGGAGCUGUAUGUGACAGGGCGGCUGAAGGACAUGAUGAUUGUGCGCGGGCGCAACAUUUACCCCAACGACAUUGAGGACUGCCUUCGCACAACUCACCAUCCCCUGAUCCGGCCGGGUGGUCUGGCGGCGUUCCCUGUGGAUGUGACGGUGACAUCAGGGGGAAUGGCGGUGGAGGAGGAAGCCCUCACCAUCAUCGCCGAAAUCGCCCGCGGUGCCAAACCGACCGCGCAACAAGUCGACGAGCUAGCAGCAUUCAUUCGCGCCACGGUGAUGGCGAACCAUGCGGUGGGCUGCCAUGCUGUGGUGGUUGCGCGGCCGGGGGCCAUCAAGAAGACAACCAGCGGCAAGGUGCAACGCAGGGCCUGCCGAGCAGCCUUCCUUGCUGGGGAAUACAGCCAGGGAAACUCGCUGGUGCUGACUUGCUCCUUCGGCGCGGGGCCGGCGGCCGGGGAGGGUGGCCGUAAGGCGGCGUUGUCAUCGCCCAUGCGCAGCUGCGACAGCGACCACUCCACCGCCUCUGUCGUCUCCAUGUCUGAGUCGGCCUCCGACAGUGCAUCUGACGGCGGACAAGACUCCUUCCUCGCGUCGGCAAAUAGUCCAGCCACUUCGGAUCAGGGCGCCGAGGGUCCAUCCUCUUCAGCUCACCUCCUCGCUGAGCAGUUGCUGGCGCUGCCAGAGGAUCAGCAGCUGGAGACGCUGCAGGCGUACAUGCUGGCGGCCGCGGCUGAGGCGGCAGGGAUCGACGAGCUCGACCCCGACCAGCCCCUGCUGGAGCUCGGCCUAGACUCACUGCGCGCCGCCGAGUUUGCCGUGCAGAUCGAGGAGCACCUGAGCCUGUCAGUGCCGCUGACCGUCGUCUUUGAAUACCCGACCAUCCGCGAGCUGGCCGCGCACAUCCUAUACCUGCUGAAUACACCCGCGAUGCACGCCAUCGGCGAAUCGCCUGAUCUGGACACGGGCGCCAGCCUGGCCUCCCUGGCGGAAGCUGCACAGUCAGCGGCGGCCGGAGGGGACACCGUCCUGCCGAGCCCCCUGCUGUCCGCGGCUGACAAGGCCGCCGGCGUCGCCUGCUCGCCCGCCCAGAUGUACUUUGUCACGCUCCAACAGUUGGCGCCAAGCGGCGCGGAUGCGAAUGUGCCGGGCGGUCUGCGGCUGCGCGGCGGAGUGGACCGAGCCGCGCUGCAGAACGCGCUGCAAGCCGUCAUGUGCCGGCAUGACGCGCUGCGAACCCGCUUCCUCACCCGCCCAGACGGCUCCGUUGUGACUCCUGCCAGCAAUGCCAUGGUCUCGUUUGCCUUUGAGGACGGUGCCUCUCUUCCAAAGGGCCGCUACAUCCCCAACUGCAGCAUCCCGGAGGAGGUGGCAGGGGGAUUGCCGGAGCCUGUUUUGGCGCGGGUGCAGGCCGAGGCGGGAACGCCCUUUGACUUGGCGGCCGGGCCGCUGGUGCGCGCGUUACUAAUCCGCCUGGCGCAAGACGACCACCUGCUGCUGCUGGUCAUGCACCACACCGUCGCGGACGGCUGGUCCUUCAAGGUAAUGCUGGACGAGCUGAGUGAGGCUUACAAUGCGCUGCGGCUGGGCAACGCGCCGUCUCUGCCUCUGGUGCGGCUGCAGUACCCGGACUUUGCUGCCUGGCAGGAACGGCGUGCACAGUCACCCGCCAUUUUGCGCCAGGUGGAAUACUGGCGCGGCGAGCUGGAGGGAGUGCAGGAGCUGCGGCUGCCGACGGACGCGCCGCGGAAUGACAAGGCCUGCAGCCGCGGCGGCUGGCUGGAGCUGAACGUCGAUGAGCGGGUUGUGGUUGCACUGGAGUUGUUCGCGGCUCGCAGCGGUGCCACGAUGUUCAUGGUGCUGCUGUCUGCGCUGCAGCUUCUGCUGGGUGCCCGCUGCGGACAGGACGACGUCGUGGUGGGCUCGCCCUUUGCCGGCCGCGUGCACCCGGCAACGCGCGCGAUGGUGGGCUGCUGCGUCAGCACGCUGCCGCUGCGCGCGCGGCUGGGCGCGGCCGAGACCGUGGGGGAUCUGAUCGCGCAGAUCCGCGCGACAGCGUUGUCUGCCUACCAGAAUGCUGAUGCAGGGCUGCACACUGUCAUGACCGCGCUCGGCCGCACCCACAACCAACCCCUCUUCCAGGUUGAGCUGAACCUUCUGGAGGCCGAGGCGCAGUUUGGCAUCGGCAUGGACGGUCUCAGCGUGGAGGCGUUUGAGCUGUCCCCGGGUACUGCAAUGGACGACUUCUACCUCGUUCUGGGCCACGCCGGCCGUGCGAUCGCCGGCCGGCUAGAGUACAACGCCGAGCUCUUCACGGCGGCCACCGCCGCUCGGUUUGCUGCCGAUUGGCAGGUGGUCCUGGAAGGCAUGGCGACUGGCGGCAAGGCGCUGCCCAUCAGCGAUCUUAUUGCCAAAGUCAAGAGGGAAUCUGCGCCUGUGCCGCCGGCAACCCCUGAGAAACGCGAGGAGUGA